AUGGCGAAUCCCGGGUUCCUGAUGCCAGAUCUUAUCGAGAAGGCCUCUAAACUUAGUAUCGACGAUCUUGACACCAACAAGAGUGUCAGCAGCAUCUCACGUUACCAGGAAUUCCCCUAUGCUCGCUUUUUCUCCGGCCCCUCCAAGAACUGCGAUGGUCCGGAGAAGACCAGCCCUGAUCAUGAGCAUACCUGGAAGAACGAAGUCAUUCUUAUGAUUGAAAAAGAUGACCAGCAUAGCUGGAACAGUUUCAUUCUGGACCCUCGUAGCCGCAUGGAAUUUGACAAAGGGGUAUUGGAGGAUCUCGAGACUUUUCUUCCCUUUUCCAACGAUUUCUACCCGUUUCCGAGCUACAUGAGUCACAAUACCUUCACUGACAAGCUCUUCAAGAAACGAGUGCGAUUGGCCGAAAUCAAGGGGCUUAUCGAGACCGGACGCCGUGAACUAGCCCGGCCGGAGGGCUCCGACGCAUUCAUCCAACUUCGUAAUGACUUUGUCAAGUAUCACGAAGAAGUUGCAGCCAAGCGCGAUCUUUGCGACGUUCGUGAUGAAACGGUCGUCUCUCAGGCUCUACAGCGCAGGUUAAGCUUUGUGUAG